AUGAAAAGGCCUAUGAGGCGACCGGUGGUAGGGACAUCAUGGCAGCAGCAGCCGAAAGGAUUCCGUGUCUAUCGGACGAAAGAUAUAAUCAGGGACAUAAUCUGGUGGUGCAGCGCCAAACACGAUCGGUACGAGGACAUUGUCAAGUAUAGCCGGAACAUCAACAUCGAGAGGAAUCGAAUAAUCUUCCUGCUAGAUCCUGAAGAUGUCGAACAUUUCCAUCGCUUCCAUAGUCCUACACCGAUUAGGAAACCUUCCACACGAGAGAUCCGAUGUGCUGCUUUCUUGAAAUGUGCAACUUUGAAAGUGGAUCUGCUGGAUGUGAAAAUGAUGGAACUUCCGCGGAUUUCGAACGAUCAGGCUGCACUCCACAUGUCUCACGAAUCUGGGAGUGUCGGCGGAAUCAGAAUCCACCAAACGAAUGGAACCAGAUCGCACGCUCAAUUGCUCUCCGUGAUAUGUACCUACAUGGUUUAA